AAAUCAUCGCAGGAAGCUUCCUCCAACCAAUACCUGCAGCCACCGCCAAUCUUCAUCAUCUCUUACCUCCGAAUAGUUUGACCAACCACUCUCUCUAUCCCUCAAAGUCUUUGGGGCUGCGUUUAUUUAUGUCUCUCUAUCACUUCCGUUGGAUUCGAUUAGGUUAGGCAACUAGAGUUUUUUCGCUGGAGAGUCUCGAUUUUGAUCGCAAAGAAGAGAUCCUAAGACUCUUCAGGUUUUGAUUUUGAUCCUGGAUAGGAGAGAAGUAGAACAGAAAGAGGGCUUUCUUACAGUUUUGACUUAAUUUUUUUGGGGUUCUUUUCUGAUUUUUUUGCUUCUUUUUCUGUUGAUUCAUUCUUUUAUCGGCAACAGAGCAAAAUAUUCUUCUAAAAAACAAUGAAGACUACACAGCUAUCUUCUGAUGACUUUGGAGAUGCAAAGGCUUGGCCUCCUGGGUUCCGAUUCCACCCCACCGAUGAGGAACUGAUCCUUUAUUAUCUAAAGAGGAAAAUGUGCCGACGCCGAAUCCAGCUCAAUGUAAUCGCAGAAAUCGACGUCUACAAGUGGGAUCCUCAAGAAUUACCAGGGCAAUCGUUGUUGAAGAAUGGGGAUAGGCAGUGGUUUUUCUUCAGUCCUAGGGACAGAAGGUACCCAAAUGGAGGUAGAUUGAAUAGGGCUACCAGACUUGGCUACUGGAAGGCGACAGGGAAGGAUCGCAAUAUUACUUGUAAUUCUCGCACAGUCGGAGUGAAGAAAACUCUGGUUUUCUACAAGGGUCGCGCUCCCAGCGGUGAACGCACCGACUGGGUGAUGCACGAGUAUACCAUGGACGAGGAGGAACUCAAGAGAUGUUCUGUUGUGCAGGAUUGUUAUGCACUGUAUAAAGUUUACAAGAAGAGUGGACCAGGCCCGAAGAAUGGCGAACAGUACGGGGCGCCUUUCAGAGAAGAGGAGUGGGCUGAUGAUGAUAAUCCUGCUGAUACAACUACAGUACAGCAACCAAAUGGGUUCUCUUCUGUUGAGAGCUUCACAGUUUACGAUCAAGGCCCACCACCAAAAAUUGAUACGGAAGAGAUUUGGGGGCGAAUUGCAGAUGAACCCCAAAUUAAUCAACCUCACAUCGAUGACUUUGCCGAUCUACUACAACAGGUUGAUGGCGAGGAAGGAGCCCAAAGUACUAUGAUUCGGCCUUCAUUUGGAGAAGCUACAUCUGCAGAACCAAGUACAGUGGCACUCUCAUGCGAGCAGCAAUAUAAUGCACAGGCUAGCUUGAAUGUCACUCAGUCAGCUACCUCCUAUCUGUAUUCCUCUGAGGCCCCUGAAGUUACAUCUGCUCCCAAUAUUUCUGGGCAGUAUCCUCUCGGAUUUGCAGAGGAGGAUUUCUUAGAAAUUAAUGAUCUCAUGGAUCAGGAAGCUGCCUACCCAAUUAUGGGGAGUUCCACUUCCAGGGACAACUUGGGCUUUGAAGAAACAACUAGGUUGGAUGGAAUGGAUGCUUUCUUUGAUGCAGAAUUGUUUUUUAAUGAUCUUGUACAGGAAACAGCAUUGCACCCCAAUCUUGAUAAUCUUGGGGAUGGCAUGGCAAACCAGUUAGAUUACCAGUUAUCAUCCCAUUUGGAUGAUGCACAUCAAAUUAGCAGUCAGCUGUGGACACAUGACCAAAGGUCUAGUGUCUUUCAAUCAACAGAAUCCAACCAGGUUGUUGUGGCUCCAUCCACCUCAGGUGUGAUACAUGCUGCUAAUUCAGCAAAUCCUAGUGAGACAAGACAGAAUCAAGGCAGCAACGGGAGAGCUUCACCAGAUUCUUGGUUUGCUUCUGCACUCUGGUCCUUUGUGGAAUCAAUUCCUACUAAUCCUGCAUCAGCCUCAGAGAGUGCUUUAAUAAAUCGGGCAUUUGAGCGAAUGUCGAGUUUCGGUAGAGUGCAAAUAAGUGCCAGAAACGGCAAUGUUGCAAGAGGUCGUGCUGCUCAGACUAGGGGUGGAAACAGGGGAUUCCUCUUCCUUGCUUUUCUUGGAGUGCUAUGUGCUGUGUUAUGGGCGAUGAUGAUAGGAACAACUUUUAAAGUUUUCAAGACUUUCUUGUGGAGAUAUAUAUCCUCGUAAAUAUGUAAAGGACAAAGUUUUUCUGGUUUGAUUACCGGGAAAACCAUUGUGGAGAACUGUUAGAUAUGAACAUAAAUAAAGCUCACUGGUGUUUUCUACAAAAAUUAACAAACUAUUAA